AUGAGCCACCUGUUUGGAGCUCGGGACAUUGAGCUACUCGAGAGCGGGGAGUUCGCCGAUGCCAUUGUCGAAUGCGAUGGCAAAUCCUGGCGCGUUCACAAGGCGAUCGUCUGCAAACGGUCUGAGUGGUUUCGGAAGGCGCUGAAUGGCCACUUCAUGGAGGCCGAUCUGGCAAAAGUGACCAUCCGUGAGUAUACACAUGAGCGUAUUGAGUGGAUCCUGAAGUGGAUGUACAGCGGCAACAACGGCUUGGACAAUCUCGGCAAGCUAUACGGCAAUCCACUCACCGCAGCCAUCGAGGGCUACCUUACAGCCGACUAUUUCAUGCUCGAUGAGCUCAAGACUGCCGUUGCGGACCUGCUCUGGGCAAAUCUCGCGGACAUCAUCCAGGCCGUCCAGCAGUUUCCCUCGGUCGAAUGCAUCCGGGAUCAUCUGCUACGCCAUGGCAACCACUCCUCGGUGACGUUCUACAGGCAAUUCUUUGAGGGCGUCCGUCUCGUCUACGGCUGA